CUGAGAGAUAUCUAAUAUAAUCUUAUCUGGUCUGAUAGAUUAUUAAUUUUAUUUAUUUCAGUAACUAGAAUUUAUUUCAAGCAACAUGAAGUUUUUGGGCGUGAUUCUAUUAACUCUAGCAGUUUCAAGCACUGCAAGACACAUCACGCUAGAAGAUGUUAUUGAUUUUGAAGAGAACACCGCGUAUGGGUAUCAUACAAAAAUUGGAAUACCUUUAGCUGAUGAAAUCCGUAAAUCAGAAGAAGAUAACCUAAAACCAUCUAGAAUAAUUGGUGGAUCCGUCGUUGAUUUAGAAAAGUUUCCGUAUCAGGCUGGUCUCCUCUUACGUCUGCCAAUCGGGACGUCAAUCGCUGGUGGAGUCUUAAUAUCUCCAACAAGAGUUUUAACUGCAGCUCAUAUUUUUAAUGACGCUGUAUCAUCUGUAACAACUGUCACCGUGGUACUUGGUACAAUCAAUAUAUUCAUCGCAGGAGUAAGACUUGAUACAGAGGAAUUCACUUUGCAUGAAAAUUAUAAUCCCGCUACACUUAGAAAUGAUAUUGCUGUCGUCGCUUUCCAUUAUAUCGUUGCUAUUACUGCUUUUGUCAGUCCUGUGUAUUUACCAAUAGAAUCUAUGGAAGAGGAAUUGUAUGAAGGCAAAACUGCCCUCGCUUCUGGUUAUGGACAAACCUCCAAUAAUGGCAUCUUUAUACCUGGUGUGUUGAAUUAUGUGAAGCUCACCGUCAUUACGAACGAAGAGUGCGCUAAAGUUUUUGGUUCAUUCGUCCAACCUACAAAUAUUUGUGCAAGCGGCAACGGCAACGUAUGUCAGGGGGACGCUGGUGGACCUCUUGUUGUGUAUAGAGAUACAAGGCAUUUUUUGAAUUGCCCUCAUGAAAAACUGAAGCUAAGUCUCUCGCACAAUUUCAACUGCCGAGCAGUCGUAGACUGGUGA